CCUAAGAGCAGCUUUUUGAAGCUUUCACUCACCGCUCCCGUCCUUUUCACCCUAAGCACCUCCGCAUUGUACGCUAUAUGGGCAGAGAGUGGGUGUCUUGGAUCGGCGGCAAGAGAGAGAAAAUGGCAUCAGGUGGCUGCAUGUAUGCUGUUUUGCAUCUAUUUCAUGCCCACCACCGGAAUCACUCCAACACCUAUCCUUUCAUUCAAGAACAACAACCCACUACAACUACAGGAUUAGAGGCGCCGAGAAACAGCUUGGAGGAGUUGAAGCAAGAAGAAGAUUUGAAAUUCCCAGUGGGCAUUAAAAUAAAAAGCAAGGAAUAUUAUAUUGCGUCAGAAUGUGACACACCAAGCGUAGUAGCAAGGCUAAUGGGCCUUGAUUUACUCCCACAACAACAAUGCACCUCUCCUUCAAUCACCACCAAAUCGCCUCUUCUCCUCCAAAUCGACGUCGCCCGCUCCUUGCCGGACACGCCGCGGACAUCCUCCUCGUCCCGGAAGUCCGACGUCAAGCGCCACCGACUCUCCCUCGAAAUGAACAAAGAGAAUGCAUUUUCUCCCUCCGACGGCGGCAGAAGACUUGAUCAAGACGACAAGAGGAUUAGAUCGGUGGGGCUGCUCGACAUCACCAACACCUACCACACAAAAUCGAAGAUUGUUUCGGAAGAUGGAGAAGGAGAGGUCAAGCAAUCAAUUACUACAAAUUCAGAAAAAGUUGUGAAUAAAUUCCCAAUAACAAAAGAACGGCAGCAGCACAAGGAGAGUAAAAAAGCUAGUGGAAAAUGCAAGAAACUGCCGAGAGAGGAUGGUUUUGUUGGUUCAAAGGAGAAAAAGAAAUCAAAUUUGGCAGUACAAAAGAAUUGCAACAGAACUCUUGUCAAAAUCAGGAAUGGAGCUGCAAAAUUACCUCAGAAACAGUCGCAGGUAUCAAAUGCUACUAUUAUUUCAUGGAAAAGCAGUACACAGUUAUCUAGUAAGCCGUGCAUCCAGACACCCACAAACGUCUCACCGGCAGCUUGGUCAGAGCACGAGAACUAUAUCCAAAAACUUGUCAAGCUCAAGGCCGGCGCCGGUUUAAGCCGCCGGUGGGAGAGAAAGCUGAUUUUUGAGCUGGUUGAUGAAGUCGUAGCGGAGAAUUUGACUCGCCAAUUGAGGUUUGUCAGGAAAAGUUUUUAUCAUGUACGCGAUGACGGCGGUUUUCGGUUGGUGGAGGAAUUAUACAAGAAAAUAGGAGGUUUUCGGGCGGCUAAGUGUGUGGUCCUUGAAGAUAUUGAUUCGUUAAUAGACAAAGAUUGGUAUAAGGAGAAUUGGGAUGGGUUUGAGGAUACGGUGGGCCAAAUUGAAUGUGAAAUAGUGGAGUGGUUGGUGGAUGAAGCGGUGGCCGUGAUGGGUGGCGAUGCGGCGGAGGAACUGCUAUUUGUCGCGUGACGGCGUGAGGCUUCACUAACUGGGCUACCUGCUCCUUUUUAAUUAAACCAGAUUCUCUUGUAAUUGUAUCGCUGUAAAUGAAUUUCUUAAAGAAAAUAAUU